CGCAACAGCUGUUUUGAUGUUUUACACAAUGCGGUUGUAUGAAUAAAAAAAAAACUGCAAAGUUCUUGUCAUAAAGUUAAUAAUAUUAAUUCGGAAGUUAUAAGUGUAAUUUGUGCUCCUGCAGAAGCUGCAUACAAUCAUAAUGGAUAUCGACAACACUCUACUGCUGCCUAAUAGCGAGCACAAAUCAGAUAUAAAGACACCAUUUCUAAUUGGAGUGGCUGGUGGAACUGCCAGUGGAAAAUCAACAGUAUGCAAAAAAAUCAUGAUACAGCUGGGUCAAGCCGACAUGGAUCAAGCACAACGACAAGUUGUCACAAUAAGCCAAGAUAGCUUCUAUCGUGAGUUAACGCCCGCUGAGAAAGCCAAAGCGAGGAAGGGUCUCUUCAAUUUCGAUCAUCCAGACGCAUUCAAUGAAAAUUUGAUGUACGAUACAUUGCAGGAGAUAUUAAAGGGCAGAAUAGUUAAAGUGCCCUGCUAUGAUUAUCGCACAAAUUCGCUUGAUCACGAGAAUAAACUAACUAUAUAUCCGGCUGAUGUGGUAUUAUUCGAAGGUAUACUUGUAUUUUAUUUCCCCAAAAUACGCGACCUCUUUCACAUGAAACUCUUCGUGGAUACAGACUCUGAUACACGCUUGGCGCGAAGAGUGCCGCGUGAUAUCAAUGAACGUGGGCGUGAUUUGGACGCAGUGCUGACUCAGUAUAUGACAUUUGUUAAGCCUGCUUUUGAGGAAUUUUGCUCACCGACUAAGAAAUUCGCAGAUGUAAUUAUACCGCGAGGCGCUGAUAACACGGGUAAGUAAUGUUUUAUUUUGUCUGGUUUUGUUGUUGUACUCGUUUACUUUUUUGAUUAUUUUCUUAUUUAUGCCAAGUAUUUGACAAUUGAUAACAGUCAU